AUGGCCACUCAAUUGGGAGCGGCUCAUGAGGCGGUUGAGAAACUGUUCCAGACGCUCACUGAUUUAAUGUAUGACAAAAAGAAGCACGUCUUACUUGAGAAAGUACUUGCCGCUGCUGAGGAGAAGAUGAACAUCAAGAGAGAGAAGUUAGUCUAUGGAACAAUAGUUAGUCUGAUAGUCUACAUCAUACUCAGUUCAUUGGCUCAGUUCCUCUCAAACCUCGUUGGAUUCAUCUAUCCGGCUUGGCGAUCCAUAAAGGCUGUUCGAUCACCUGGCAAAGAAGACGACACUCAGUGGCUGACUUACUGGAUCGUCUUCUCUUCAUUUUCUAUCAUUGAUUUCUCGGUGUUCACAUCAAUACCUUUCUACUGGUUAUUUAAGAUCGCUUUCCUCAUGUAUUUAUACUUGCCGACGUUCAACGGCGCGACUGUGCUCUACUAUUCGUUUGUCGAUCCCGCUUGCACGUUCGUGGAAUCCUACUUUUCUACUAUUGAAAAGAGCAAGGACAAAUAA